AUCUACGGUCCGUUUUUUAACACAGCAAUAAACAUCACAAUAAUAAAUAUCGUGUCGGAGACGUUUAUCUUGAUGAACUAAUUGAAAGCGAAAGUGUCUGCCUGGAGAUCUGUUUUGACAGACUUUUUGUAUGGUAUAUGUAUAUGUAUGCAGACGUCAUUUGCCAGUAUGGUUUCCUUGCCAUUGCUAGAAGGAGUCACAAUAUGGGUGUCUGUGAUCUUUGUAAUAGCCGGAUGUUUUGAGCACUCUCUUCUGUCAUCACAACAUAUAAUUUGUAUUGUGUGUUGGUUUCUUACCCAAAUAGUCAUCAUGAUCUGGAGAACUGUGAGCAGGUUGCCAGGCAGUAAUAGUACACAGUCCAGCAUAUACAGACCUGGGGUAGAUGAUGGCUUGUGGUGUUGUUUGCUGGUGCCUCUAACAGUUUUAGGAGGAAUUACAAGAGUCUACAAAACACAAAAAGAAAGCCAUUCACUAGAUGCUGCUACCCUUUCAAAUGACCUUGUGUUUUCCUUGAUAUCGUCGACAACAGUUUUAUCGAGUUCAAGACAUCCUUGUUUGGCCUUCACCUUGGUCUGGUUGUUACCGUUAUCUGUCAGGUUGGAACCUGUGAAUAUAGUCCUGUUGGUUUUGCUCUGUCUCUCGUCACACCUGUGUGUACGUAGAAUACCUGUGAUUCUCCCCAAGAGUUUCUCAGUUGGUGAGAUAGUGGUGCUUGUUCAACUUGUCUCACUGAUAACAUGGAGGAGUGUAUCCUGUCUCAGACACUUGUUAAUGGGAAACAACACCGAGCUUCCACAGGAUGUGAGUGUUGUUGCAGUGAUUGGUUUCUUCAGUGCAGCCAUGGCAACAACUGCAGCUCUUUAUUUUUACAACAAUAGACAACCAUUGUUUUUCUUUGUGACGUAUGGAGUUGUGGCCCUUGUUCUUGCUUUCCCAGCACUCUACUUGUAUUUGAAGAUGGACCCUAUUUCGUGGAUUCUAAUAUAUUUAUUUACUAAACAAAAAAGAAUAUUUUUAUUACUUUACUGGCUGGUUUGCAGUGUCACAGCUGUAGCCGUUGUCUGGAUAACAAAGUUUGAUGACAACAGACGUAUUUCACGGAUGAUACAGACAGAUUCCCAUCCUUUAAACUAUAUUCAUAUCAAAAACAUUGCACCAAGAACGCAAGUUGAAUCCCGUCAUUCGACUGUGAUCCGCAAGUACUUCCACUUCCUGGCCCUGGGUGUGUAUGCCCCGGGUCUUAUACUGGAUGUCAGCUUCCUGUUCCUGGGAUCAGUCGUGGCACUAGUUGUUCUUGUUCUUCUAGAGGCUAUUCGGGUGGCGAAAGUACCCCCACUAGGACCAGUCCUGGACGAGGCGUUCCGCUUGUUUGUGGAUGAGAAGGAUGCUGGGAAGUGUAUCUUCACUCACAUCUACCUCUUGCUGGGGUUAUCUGCCCCUAUCUGGAUCUCAUACAGUAUUUGUAACACAGUGUCACUCCUUCCACUAUAUAGUGGAGUGCUCUCCCUUGCAGUUGGAGAUACGGCAGCUUCUGUUGGUGGAUCUUUGUUUGGGCGUCACAAGUGGCCUGGCACAAAGAAAACGAUAGAAGGAACACUUUGUUGUGUGCUCAGUCAGCUGGCAUUCCUCUUCCUAUUGGCUCUACUCGGCAUACUGGCACUUCCAAAUGUGUUAUUCCUGACAAUAGCUGUGAUCCUGGUAUCCUGUUAUGAAGCGUUCACUCUACAAAUUGACAAUCUAGUCCUACCUCUGCUUACAUUUGCAUUGUUGUCAGUUUUAUGACAUGCUACAGAUGUACAGUUAAACCUGUCUUAAGUAGCCACACAAAGUAGUAGACAAAAUCGACCACUUAAGACAGGUGGCUGAUGAUUACAGGUUGAAUAUUUAUUGUUGUUUUAUUCUUUUAUUGUCUGUAUUGUUAAAUAAUGGACAUGUGCUCUAUUGUUUAUUAUAAAUCAUCCUGACUCUACCUCUCCCCCCCCCUCCCCCCACCCAUAAACAUAGGUAACAACAUUUCUAGACCCCUCCCUGCUAAACUGUCUGCACAUGCAGUAUGCUUAUUAUAUAAUUAUGUAAACUAAGAUAAUGUGUGUCUUCUCCAAUGUAAUAUACAGUAAUUUAAACGUGCCCUCUGCUGUCAUAUACAAAUAUAUAAACAUGGUGUGUUCCCUUUCCAGUAUUCAAUAUACAGUAAUUUAAAUGUGCAUGCCCUUUUCAGUGUCAAAAAUGUUAAUUUUUCUUGUGAAAUGUAACAGUUUUACCUUGAAUUAAAUACUCCUACUAUU